AGAGGACAGAGAGCGUGGGGUGUUUAAGUUGCCGCUGCUUGUGCCAGUGAAAAGGAAAUAAUCCCAGUGUUGCUUUCUCAUGAAUUAUUAAAAAGCCCUACCAGUCUUUUUUAGCGUGAACCAAAAUGCUGCAUUUUCAUCCGUGGCUAUAAAGCAAAGAAGAGAUUUGUUGUGUAUUUUUGUUGUUUUUUUGUUUCCCUAGGAGUAUCACAGCCGGUAAGCAGGACUUUGUAAGCGUGCCGAACAAGUGCUCAGAUGAGCAGUCUGAACACAGAACCAGGAGCAUCAGCACUGGAGAGCUGGAACUGAGAGACAGAAGCAGUUCCCUCCACUGCACGCGACAGCAGCGACCGCUCUCACUCUCGCUCUGCAUGCCUUUUUUUCCCCUUCUUUUCUUUCUGGAGUUGAGAUCUUGUUUCUCAGAGCAACGGGACUUAGAGGAUACUGGAGCUCCAAGCUGUUAUCCAAGCAUCCCAAACGCAGACCUGGCUGCCCACAUGCCGAUCGAAUUUGUUUGCAAAAUCAAAUUUGCAGAGGAGGAUGAGAAGCAGAAAGGCAUCCAGGAAGGGGACAAGGAGAGCCUGAUCGAAGAGAGCUGCAGCCCCCCAGCCAAGGAUCUGGCCGGCUUCGCCAGUGCCUGCUCACUCCAUGGGAUUAACCACAUCUUUGUGUCGGGACGGCUGGGUGUCAGACAGACCCUCUGGGCUCUUGCACUCCUGGUGUCCCUGGCUCUCUUUCUAUACCAGGCGGCAAAGUGUGCCAUCUCCUACCUGGAGCAUCCUCAUGUCACUGCGCUGAACGAGGAGGCCACCCCGGAGAUGAUGUUCCCCGCCGUGACCAUCUGCAACAUCAACCGUUUCCGCUUUUCUGCUCUCACUGAUGCCGACAUCUACCACCUGGCCAACCUGACCGGCUUGCCCCCCAAAAACAAGGACGGCCACAAGCCCACCGAUUUGGAGUAUCCAGCACCGGACAUGCAGGACAUCUUCAACCGGACUGGUCACCAGCUGCAAGAGAUGCUGAAGAACUGCAACUUCAGUGGGCAGAACUGCUCAGCUGAAGACUUUACAGUGGUCUACACAAGAUAUGGGAAAUGCUAUACUUUCAACGGGAACAAAACAACCUCCAGGAAGACGAAGCAAGGAGGGAUGGGAAACGGGCUGGAGAUCAUGUUGGAUAUCCAGCAGGAUGAAUAUCUACCUAUCUGGAAAGAGACAAAUGAAACAUCUUUAGAGGCUGGAAUCCGUGUGCAGAUCCACAGUCAGGACGAGCCGCCCUACAUCCAUCAGCUGGGCUUUGGAGUCUCUCCGGGAUUUCAGACAUUUGUAUCCUGUCAAGAACAAAGGUUGACCUACCUGCCCCAGCCUUGGGGGAACUGCCGCUCCACCAGUGAGCAGAUGAUCCCGGGUUAUGAUACCUACAGUAUCAGCGCCUGCCGCCUGCGCUGCGAGACUCUUGAGGUUCAGCGUGUGUGCAAAUGCAGGAUGGUGCACAUGCCGGGAGAUGCCGAUAUCUGUACUCCCAGCAAUAUCAAAUGUGUGGACAAAGCACUUGCACUGCUACAGACAAGUUCAGGUGACACAUGCUCCUGUGAAACUCCCUGUAACCUGACGCGUUAUGGUAAAGAGCUGUCCAUGGUUAAAAUCCCCAGCAAAGGCUCGGCACGCUACCUAUCUAGAAAAUAUGACAAGUCUGAAGACUACAUCAGGGACAACUUCCUUGUUUUGGACAUUUUCUUUGAAGCUCUAAAUUAUGAAACAAUAGAACAGAAAAAAGCAUAUGACGUUGCAGGUUUAUUAGGGGACAUUGGUGGGCAGAUGGGUCUUUUUAUAGGAGCCAGUGUUCUGACCAUCUUGGAGAUUUUGGAUUAUGUAUAUGAGGUGAUCAAACACAGGUUGGAGCGUUUGCUUGGGUCACAAAGAGAUGACAAAAAGCAAACCCAGCAGCAGCAACAGGCCAGCACAGUCGCCACAGUAAAGAUGGAUGAAAUGAAAGCUAAGGAUUCUGGCGAGAUGAGCCGGAGCCACUCGGAGGGAGCUUAUGCUAACACCAUCCUCCCAAAUCACCACCACCAUACCCAUCACCGAGUCUUCGAGGACUUUGCCUGCUAGGAAGACCCGUCAGGUGGGUCAAUUGCUAUUGACAUCUACAGAAAGAGUUCUCUCAGUGCUGAAGGUGGGCUCAAUGAAAGGCCCUCAAAUCUCAGCGCUAACCUCUCUCGCUGUCACCAGUUAAAGCUACAGCCAAAGCCGAACUCUAAACCCUCGCUUCUAACCGAACGCUGGCAUGGAUCGGACAUUGCGGUCCAGCAGGAGACUAUAUGAAAUCUUUUCCUCAUUACCCACCCCCCACCCCUUUCAGGAAGUGACAUCAGUGGCAACUCUACGAUUCUACACUGGAUACGUUGGUACUGGGCCUCUACAAUAUCAAGGCAUAGACUGCAUGAUAUCUAGAGCUGCCUCAUACUCCAGGUCCUUUUUGAAGCAUUGCAUUCUUUAUAUUUUGUCAGCUGUUAGAAUUUUAUUCGGUCAGUUCUCAUCUUGUGAAAUAUUAUAAUUCAGAUUAACCUACAAAUGUAAAUGAUGUAUUUGAAUCGUGGCUUAUCAGCCCUUAAGGAUCCAGAGCGUAAGAGAAAUAACUUUACUCUGGUAUACUCUUUCACUGAAAUCAUGGGGAUGGUGUAGAAUAGUUUGUGUUUCAGAAAAGUAAUAUAUAUCCAUCUCUUCUGGAUAUGUCUGGUAAAUGUUUUCCUCUCAGAUGGUUUAUGAUUAAUUUAACUUAAAGUAUAUUAAAUAAUCCACAAAUUUUGUAAUGUUAUUUAUAGAGAUGUAAUGUGUGAGUGGUAAUGGGUGUCAUUAGCAGUAACAACAUCAUCUUCUUGUGAGGUUAUUUCCCAACGGAGAGCCAAAUGAUGUGUACAGUAAAGCCCACCAGCGCCAGAAGAAGCCAUUGCGGUAGCCAUAUGGAAAAGGUUUGUUUCAUCCAUCCAUCAGCUGAUGGAUCCAGUCUCCCAGACCUCCCAAAAGUGUUUAAUAAAACAGACCUUAUGUUCCAAGUUUCACUUUUGAAUGAGACCGAGUGCACCGGUCCCAGAGAGAAUGAUAAACUAGGUUUGCUCAGCACACUCGCAAAGUAUGAGUAAUCUGAUGCACCGCGGCGUAUGGCUACAUGUUUAAAAGUCGGUCGAUGAGAUUUUCUCAGGGUUCUUAGCUGUGAAAUGUCUAGCGGUUUCUUUGACAAAAGGCCAGAUGUGCAAAGCAUUUCAAUCAGAAACAACCGGCUUCUUUGUGCGUGAAAUUCAGCAGGAACUGACAUUCAAUGACAAUUCAAAGACGAAAAUGUUUUCCUUUUUAGCUACAGUCCUAUUAUGCUGGAAUUGAAUUGCGGUUACAAAUAUGGCUAAUAGUACUGUAAGUCAACAGUGUAGCACCUCUAAAUUUUCUACUUAUUUAUUUUUUAUUAUAUAUUCUUUUUUCUUUUUUUUUUUUUUUUAAAUUGUGCAGUUCCUGUAUAAUUGUCUGAUUUUCUUUUUUAUUAGGUUGGGUGUUGUAAUUUAAUAUCAUGUAAGAUUUUAUUGUUAUAUUACAUAAAACACAUAUAUAUUUAAUCAUAGUUAUUGUGCUAAAUGUGCUGUGUAAUUUUCGGUCGCUGUGAUUUUGCCGAGUAAGACAUGUUCCUGGAUCAACAUCUUUUGAUGAAUCUGGAUCAACAUUAUUGUCCAAAAAUAUAGACUAAAUCCAAUCCCUACCCAUAAACCUAUCCCUACCCAUAAUUUAUCCCUAAAAUCAGUGCGAAAUGAUACCUGAUUAACAAGGGAGUAGAAGCUCCUAACCCUGAUCGUAAGCCUAAAACUGAUAUUUCCUAAAAAGUUAUCCCUCAAUUCAGAUUCAGGUUAAUUGGAAUGUUGUUCCACGAUCAACAAGGAUGUUGAUCCAGGAACAUGCUGUACUUGGUAAAAUCACGGUCAUCAUAAUUUUCUCCUGCACAUUUAGUACACUUUAACAAACGGCUGCUGUGAUUAUUUAUCGCAACUCUUAAACUUUUACGUCAGAAUAAGUAAUAAUGUGUUGUUUCAACAAAGUAUGUGUUUGUUCUUGACUUAAAGUUCAGUUAAAAACAGCCAAUUUUAGGUUGUUUAUAAUUAAUUGCAGCAGCAUUUUUACACAUUUUCUGGGCUUAUUUUGUUUUUCUACAUUCACAAACUACAUGAUUUUCUUAUAAAUGACAGAGCUGUGUAUCCUCUAUAGAUUAGAUCCAAUUUGCAAAGGAGAUUUUGCAUUGUUAUUUUCAUAUUUUCCGGAAUGGAUCUCAUAUUUGGGUGUCAAAAACAUGCAGCAUAUAGAAAUUCCAUAUAAAAGUAAUCAUGGCUGAUAUAGGUUUUAAUAUUUAUAAAAUUGUAUCAAAGUGGCAUUUUUAAAAGUUUCCAGUCCGGGUCUUGAUGGCACACUGAGCCGGUUAUGCAUAAUAAUGCAGUUUACUGUCAUAACUGUGCUGUCAGCAGUCAAAGCAGAAGAGCUGACAUGUCAGUGCAUGUCCAAGAAUUGCACUGGAACAAAUCACUCAGAUUUUAUUUGGCAUUAUCUGUCAACCUCAUGCACUUGUACAGUUGUAUAUUCAUGCAUUUAUGGCCUAUCUUACCUGUGCAGAAGGAAUUGCUCCAAAUGUUGAAAUGCAAUUGCGUGUGCACGACUCACAGGUCUUUUAAAAAAAAAGACUUAUUUCAUAGUCCUUGCCACUUAGCAAAUAGCAACGAUUUUUUACAAUCCAGCAGGCAGAUCUGCAUCAGAAAGAGGAUGUAAAGGCUUCCACACCAAUUAGACAUUUAUCCAAACAGGUGUUAAAAAAACUGUUCUGUUUUUAGCAAUUAACACUGUUCUGUUCUGUUCUCCUAAAUAGAUUGUAUCUAUUCAUGAUUUCAUGCAAAUUACAUCAUCUUCUUGGAGUAAUACAGGUGAAAAAUUAUGGAGAGAGAAAUAGAAGAGACUGUAGGAAGUGGAAAGGGGAAAGAGAGGAACAGUGGAAGCACAGCAGGAACAACCGGAGAAACUUCUUGUUUGGGACAACGUCCAUUUCCUCCAUGUAGCGCUUGUGCGUGAGUGGAUUCAGAAUCACUCACAUUUUCUUAAAGUGUUUCUUCCAGAAAGCAUUCUAUUUUUAAAUUCAGUUAAGUAAAGAUUUAACAUUUACACUUUUCUUUUCUUGGAUCAAUAACUUUCAAUGCAUCACCUGUGUUAAAUUACUUUGAAUUCUUCAGACAUCAAUUCCAUUCAGGUCCAUUUGUGGCAGCGUUAAGCUCUAUGUGUGCGUUUUUAAAGCUGUGCCACGCUGCUUUAACUUUGAAAUGCUGUUCUUUUCCACCCGCUUUCGCCAGCCAGACCACCAUUUAGCUCCAAGAGGGGGCCAUAAAACAAGGCACUGAAGCAGCAUAUAGCGCAAACAGACUGUUGAGAUUUCCACACGAUUAAAGGCAUCAAGACUAAUCAGACUAAUUACCCAUUAUGCCCCAGAACCUAAUGGACUGUAUACCAGACCUCAGAGAACACAUAAUACAGUUUGUACAAAGGUCUGCUGUUAUGACCGUGGUUUCUGUUUUUAUAACUGUAACAAUGGCACGUACUGCAGUCCAAUAAUAAAAUCUUGAUAAAUGAAUCACUUUGGUUCGGUUCACUGAGAUAUAAGCACAUAAGACGGUGUUCUUUUUGAUGCCUUAUUAUUCCACUGAGGAUGCUGGACAUCUUAAAGGAAUGUGCUGGGUUCAAUACAAGUUACUCUUUUGACAGUAUCAGUCAUUUACCAUAUACAAUUAUGUUGACACGUCCCUUAGUUUAUAAAAACAAGCAAAAAUGUGAAAUGUUGUUAAAAUAACUUCUGUAAUAAUUAACCAUAAGGCUAAAGGGAUACUGGAGACACCUUUACAGUUUAAACAACAGACAUUUUGGUAGCACUAUGUUUUACGGUACUUACCUGAAAUGUAUGUACAUGGUAGCAAAUAAGAAACAUGGCUGUACUUAACAGUCGUACAUGCAUGGUAAAUUGUUUGUACAUACAGACAAGUGUGGGUAAGAACGGUCACUAAUUACAUACUUUACUGUACUUACUAAUAUAUAUACACAUGGUAAAUAUGUAGUACUUUGGGACAAGUGGGUAUAAACAGACACAUCCUUACAGUAUCCGUAUAUGGUAACUAAAAAGACACAUUACUGUACAUACUAAUGAAACGUGGUAUUAUGUCUGCCACCUAUAGAAAAAAGAAAAAAAAACUGUUCCUGUUAGACAUCAAAUCUUUUACUGCU